AUAAACGCCAUCAAGUUCGAACAUCUGAGACCGGAAGUGGUGCUUAGUAAAGAAAAUCGGAAAUCCUUUAUUGAAAAAUUCAAGAAUGGUAUAAUUCCGGAGAGAUAUGAUUCCAAACGCAUAGAUAACAAUACAACUCAAGCUGCUGUUUUAAUACCAUUAUGUACGAAUAAAGGAGAGCUAGGUUUCAUAUAUACUUUAAGAUCUACAAAAGUAACUGCGAAUCGUGGACAAGUCUCGUUUCCUGGUGCGCCAUAUAGUUGUUAUGAGAUGAACUCGUAUUUCAUUAUGUGUAUCACAUAGUGAUAGAAUAAAUUCUGAAUAGUAUAUACAUAUUAAAUGUGAAUAAAAUUAGUCUUUAUGUAAGAAAAGCAUAAAAACAUGGCAGUUGUAGUUGAAACUACUAUAGGAGAUUUUACUGUUGAUUUGUAUACAGAAGAACGCCCGCAAACAUGUCGCAAUUUUUUAAAAUUAUGCAAAUUAAAAUAUUACAAUUGGAAUUUGUUCCACUCUGUUCAAAACAAUUUUAUUGCUCAAACUGGAGAUCCUACUGGUACUGGAAAAGGUGGAGAAAGUGUUUAUGGAAUAGUAUUAGGUGAAAAAGCAAGAUAUUAUGAAGCAGAGCAAAUGCCAAAAAUAAAGCAUGAUAGAAGUGGUUUAUUAUCCAUGAUUAAUUGUGGCAAUAAUAUGCUUGGAUCUCAGUUUUUUAUUACUCUUGCACCUGAACUUCAAUCAUUAGACGGAGAACAUUGUGUAUUUGGUGAAAUUACAGAAGGUUUAGAGAUUAUUCUUAAGUUCAAUGAAACUAUUUGUGAUGGAGAUCAUAGACCUUAUCAAGAUAUACGUAUUUCUCAUACCGUGAUUUUAGAAGAUCCUUUUGAGGAUCCAAAAAAUUUUGUUGUACCCGAUCAGAGCCCACCACCCACAAAAGAAGUUUUAAUGAGCGAUAGAAUUGGAGCUGAUGAAGUGAUAGAUGAUACAGCUGGUAUGACAGCUGAAGAAAUUAUAGAAAUGCAAAAAGAAAAGGAAGCUAAGGCAAGAGCUACAAUUUUAGAAAUCGUGGGUGAUAUUCCAGAUGCAGAUAUGGCUCCUCCUGAAAAUGUUUUGUUUGUUUGUAAAUUAAAUCCUGUUACAACUGAUGAUGAUCUUGAAAUUGUUUUUAGUAGAUUUGGAAAGAUUAUAGGUUGUGAAGUUAUCAGAGAUCGACAAACCGGUGAUUCAUUACAAUAUGCGUUUAUCGAAUUUGCUGAUCGUAAAAGUUGCGAGGAGGCGUAUUUUAAAAUGGAUAAUGUUUUAAUUGACGAUCGUCGUAUACACGUAGAUUUCUCGCAAUCAGUAGCUAAGAUGAGAUGGAAAGGCAAGGGUAAAGGUAUACAGUAUUUCAACGAUAAAGAUAAUAAUGAAAAUUUAGAAAAAGUUAGUUUAAGAUACAAACAAAAAGACGAAUCUACAAACAAUGAUGAUAUAAAAAGUCGAAGGGAGAAUGAUAAAAAGAAUAAAAUAGAAAUGAUGGACCAUAGAAAACAUGAUCAUAGAAAGAAUGAUAAUAAGAACAAUUCAGAAUAUUCUUAUAAUAAUGAUAAAUAUAUAGAGAAAGAGAAGCACAAGGAACAAAGAUAUCAUGAUACAUCACGCGAAAAAUAUGAAUAUGAUAGACGGAGAAAAGAGAAGAAACAUAGAGAUAGAAGCAGAAGUAGAAGUCGCGAUAAAAGCAAAAGAGAAAAUUAUAAAGAACACAAACAAAAAAAGAAACAUGACAAUGAAAAAAAAAGAUGGAACAGAGAAAGUGUCAAUGAGAAUUUAGGAUAUGAGAAAUAUAAAGAAAGACAUUCGAAUCGCAAAGAAAAAGAAAAACGUAAAGAAAGAAAUCGAUCUAUGGAUAGAUAUGAAAAAAACAAACAGAAAGAAAGAUGAUGUGAUAUUCUUCAA